GCCCAGUUUUCAUUAACGGCCCCGGAAACUUGGGUCGGAUCCUCAUUACAACUGUGGGAUCCGGUUCGGCGAAUCUUCUCUUCUGUUGGGUAAGAAAGCGCAAGUACCAGACGACCGGAGUGGAACUGAUUUCGUCAAAUUUACCGUUCUACCCCUCGAUUUCACCUCCUUCGUCGUCAAAGGUAACUCGCAGCUCUUCUCCGUAAUCGUCUAAUUCAGAUGGGAUUCGUAGAAACUUAGAUUGGAUUAAGCUUUUGAUAUGAACUCUUUAACUCAUUCGGGCACACGUGUUGUCCGUAAAGCUUCUCGCUUUCUUCUAACCUCGAGGAAAUUCUGCGAUUCUAGUCGCACCAAUGGUGAUGAAGAGACGUUGAAGAUAACAUGGGAAACUAGGGAGAUGGAUUUUGGGUUCGCAGAGGAACAUGAGAAAAUCUCUGUUAGGAGGACGUUUCUGGAGAGUACUAAGCUCAGUGCGUCUCAGGUUCUCGAUACUUUAAAGCAAGACUGUCCUGGUUUCAAUACGAAGUCAGCUUUAGAUGAGUUGAAUGUACCAAUCUCAGGACUUUUAGUGAGAGAGGUUCUCCUUGGGAUCUUGAAAAGACUUAGCUUUGAUAACAAGACAAGGUGCGCUAAGCUAGCUUACAAGUUCUUCGUUUGGUGUGGUGGACAAGAGUCUUUCAGACACACUGCGAACUGUUAUCAUCUGCUUAUGAAGAUCUUUUCGGAGUGUGGUGAGUAUAAAGCCAUGUGCAGGCUCGUCGACGAGAUGAUUAAAGACGGUUACCCGACAACGGCUAGGACGUUUAAUCUGUUGAUAUGCACUUGCGGCGAAGCAGGCCUUGCGAGAGAAGUCGUGGAGCAGUUCAUCAAGUCCAAAACCUUCAACUACAGACCUUUCAAACACUCUUACAACGCUAUCUUGCAUUCUUUGCAAGGGGUGAAACACUACAAGCUGAUCGAGUGGGUCUACGACCAGAUGCUAGAAGACGGGUUCUCGCCGGAUGUUCUGAGUUACAACGUUGUAAUGUUUUCAAGCUUCAGGUUAGGCAAAACCGAUAAGCUUUACAGAUUGCUCGAUGAAAUGGUUAAAGACGGGUUUUCUCCGGACCUGCACACAUACAACAUCCUCCUCCACCAUCUUGCAACAGGGAAUAAGCCUCUCGCGGCGCUGAACCUAUUGAACCAUAUGAGGGAAGUGGGAGUUGAGCCCAGUGUGAUCCAUUUCACCACUCUGAUAGAUGGGCUGAGCCGGGCCGGGAAGUUAGAAGCUUGCAAGUACUUUAUGGACGAAAUGGUGAAAGCUGGAUGCACCCCGGAUGUUGUGUGCUACACUGUUGUGAUCACAGGGUAUAUAUCAGGUGGGGAGCUGGAGAAAGCAGAGGAGAUGUUUAGAGAGAUGACGGUGAAGGGGCAGCUUCCGAAUGUUUUCACGUACAACUCAAUGAUCCGUGGGUUUUGUAUGGCCGGUAAGUUUAAAGAGGCACGGUUGUUGCUCAAGGAGAUGGAGUCAAGAGGGUGUAACCCUAACUUUGUGGUGUAUAGUACGCUGGUGAACAAUCUGAGGAAUGCAGGGAAGCUUUUAGAGGCUCAUGAGGUGGUUAAGGACAUGGUGGAGAAAGGGCAUUAUGUUCAUCUUAUUUCAAAGUUCAAAAAAUAUACAAGAUCCUAAUUUUUGUUUCAAAAGACAUUUUUUUGUGGUAACUGUUAAGAGA